UCAUGCGGCUGUUCAUGGAGGAGGAUCCGUGGAGAGAAAAACUGACUUUAUUCUGACGCUUUGACGAGAGGAAUCGGCAUCUACAUCAAAAUCAAAAUGCCUAAACCAGUAAAUGUUCGCGUCACUACAAUGGACGCUGAGCUGGAGUUUGCCGUUCAGCCCAGCACAACUGGCAAGCAGCUGUUUGAUCAGGUGGUGAAGACCAUCGGGUUACGUGAAAUAUGGUACUUUGGGCUUCAAUAUAUGGACAGCAAAGGCUACCUUACAUGGCUGAAACUUGACAAAAAGGUGUCUUCUCAGGACGUGAAGAAAGAGAAUCCGCUGCAGUUUAAGUUUCGUGCUAAAUUCUUCCCAGAAGACGUAGCGGAUGAGCUGAUCCAGGACAUCACUCAAAAACUCUUCUUCAUGCAAGUGAAAGAUGGCAUUCUGAGUGACGAGAUCUAUUGUCCUCCAGAGACUGCCGUGCUCUUGGCGUCCUAUUCAGUGCAGGCCAAGUUUGGGGAUUUCAGCAAGGAGUUGCACAGGCCUGGAUACCUGACAUCAGAACGCCUGCUGCCCCAACGGGUUCUGGAUCAGCACAAGUUGUCACGGGAACAGUGGGAGGAGAGGAUUCAGGUGUGGCACGAGGAACAUCGGGGGAUGCUCAGAGAGGACGCAAUGCUGGAGUAUUUGAAAAUCGCUCAGGAUCUGGAAAUGUACGGCGUGAACUAUUUUGACAUCAAGAACAAGAAGGGAACAGAGCUGUGGCUGGGUGUGGAUGCCCUGGGCCUAAAUAUCUAUGAGAAAGACGACAAACUCACUCCAAAAAUUGGAUUCCCCUGGAGCGAAAUCCGAAACAUUUCCUUCAACGAUAAGAAGUUUGUCAUCAAGCCCAUAGAUAAAAAGGCUCCAGAUUUCGUGUUCUACGCUCCACGUUUGCGCAUUAAUAAGCGCAUCCUUCAGCUGUGCAUGGGGAACCACGAGCUGUACAUGCGCCGCAGGAAGCCGGAUACCAUCGAGGUGCAGCAGAUGAAAGCUCAGGCUCGAGAGGAGAAACAACAGAAACAGAUGGAGAGAGCUCAGCUGGAGAACGAGAAGAAGAGACGAGAGGCCAUCGAGAGAGAGAAGGAGCAAAUGGAAAGAGAGAAAAAGGAGCUGAUGAUGCAACUCUACCAGUUCGAGGAGAGGACCAAAAAAGUAGAGAAUGAAUUGCAGGAGCAGAUGCAGAGGGCCAUGCAGCUGCAGCACGAACGGAGACUGGCUGAUGAAGAAGCCGCUAGACUGGAGGCCGAGCGACAGGCAGCACUGCUCGCCAAGGAGGAGCUGGCCCGUCAAGCACAAGAUCAGCUCAAGAGUCAGGAGCAGCUGGCUGCUGAGCUGGCAGAAUACACUGCAAAAAUUUCACUCCUUGAAGAAGCCAAAAAACGCAAGGAGGAAGAAGCUCAGACAUGGCAGAACAAAGCACAAUUAGCUCAAGAUGACCUGAUAAAGACGCGUCAGGAGCUUCACAAUGUGAUGACGGCGCCACCUCUUCCUCCUCCACCACCUGCAUACGACCAUGAUGAAAAUGAUCUCGAUGAUGGAGAGGAGAGCAAUGGCAGCUACACCGCAGACCUGCAGACGGGAGGAUUCAAUGACCACCGCCUGGAGGAAGAGCGAAUCACUGAGGCCGAGAAGAACGAACGAGUUCAGAAACAACUGCUGGCUCUGACCUCAGAAUUGGCCCAAGCUCGAGACGACACCAAGAAGACUCAGAACGACCUGCUGCACACAGAGAACGUGCGCGCUGGCCGAGACAAGUACAAAACUCUCCGGCAGAUCCGCCAGGGUAACACCAAACAGAGAAUCGACGAGUUCGAGGCCUUAUAAAACCAUCUGGACCGGGAAACUUUGGGAGGGAGGGGAAAGAAGGCAUCUCAAAGCCCUUGUCCGUUUUCUUACUAUCCCUUACGUCUGAGUGGUCAAUGCAAGAGGCACUUCCUGUGUACAAAACACCACACGCACAUACACACAUAUAUACACACGCACACAUAUAUACACACGCACACAUGCGACAAUGCAACUGAUUUAGUAUGACCACUGGUUCAACACACACUAAAUUAUUGAAAAACCAAAACGACGCACAGGAUUUUACAGUCAACAUACUGAAGCACACAUAGGAUGUUUACUUUUUAAUCCCAGUAGCGCUUUACAGUAAGGUUCUAUACUGUACCGGUACAUUUAUUUAACGGCUGAUCAGUCUUGGCUUGUAAUGCAUGAUUCAAAUAAGCAAAUCUGAAUGAGAGCACAAUCAAUUAAUUAUGUAGCAAUUAAAAACAAGCCAAGAUUAGUUAAUUAAUUAAUUAAAAAAAACAUAUGGAGCCUUAUUGUAAAAUGUUACCAGUUUCACCAAAGCACACCACUGACUUUUAUUUAAUAAUUUUUUUGUCACUGAAUGUACUGGAAUAAAUCCGCUUUUGCCAUUUACAAACAAUAUGAAGCUACCGAAUAUUUAAACACGUGCCAACAAUGCAUCCCCCCUUUUUUGUUAGUUAAUUAUGUGUAGUAAUUUAAUAAUUAGCCAAAUUAUAAUUUUGAAAUUUGUUCGGGUUGUAAUAAGGGUCUUUUUUUUCCUUUCUUGUUAAUGAUCCACUCAGCAAAAAGGGCUCGGCAGUAUGAUCAUCCUUUUAUGUCGUCGUCUUCUAUAUUAAAAGUCUUUCAUUCAUGUUGAAUAUGGCUUGGGCCAGAAUAUUUGUUAUAGUGUUUAUUUAUUUCUGUCUUUUGGGUUAUUUAAGGUUUAUUUUGGGGGUAGAUGAUGUACUUCUUUAUUAAUGAUAGUACAGGUUGUUUAUUGAUUCUGUGCUGACUCAAAUGAUGAUGAUUGAUACGUUCAUUCCCAAAUCUCAUGUUACUUAUUUGAUGAGCGUCAUUUGUAAGGUAGCAUUUUAUACAUAUACGCUCACACACACUUGUUUAUAUAUAGAGCGUGUGUGAAUGGAUUACAUUCAUAUGCAUGGUAUAUCAUUGCAUUAGAGGCUAAACUGAUUUUAUAUGACUUUGAAAUGAACUAGUUACUGAAUGUUUAUCGCCAUGACAGUGGGAAGAAGGAAGAGCUGCAUUUGUUUCAUAAUUGUAAUGAGUCUGAAUGUGAUUUAAAGGGAUAGUUCACACAAAAAUUUAAUUUGACUCUUUCAAUAGUACUAAACCUGACUUGAACACCAAAGAAGAUAUUUUAAAGAAUUCUGAAAACCUAUAACUAUUGACUUCCAUUGUAGGAAAAAAAUACUAUGGUUGUCAGUGGUUACAGGUUUAUAGCAUUCUUCAAAAUAUUUUUUCAGAAGAUUUGAAACCUCUGUGAUUCAAUUUAUUUUUGGUUGAACUCCCUUUAAAGUGAUUCUCGCUGUCAUGCUAGCAGCUCUUUAUAUUUAAAAAAAUUAGCAUAAAUCAUGUAGUGUUAAGACACCUUUACUCUGGUUUUUGGGUUGGAGAAGUCCUAUAUUUGGUCCCACCAGACGUUCAGAUUAUUUUACGUGACAUGCAAAUGGGCACAAUUUAGUCAGUUGUUUCUAUGAUGCCUGUAACCAUUUGGUGCCACUUUCAUAAAGUAUUUUUGUUGCAUCAUCUUUUUGUUCUCUGUGGCAAGUUUGUACAAAGGCUGUAGGUCGCCCGUGUAUUCGUUUCCUCCGAAAUGUUACUGAAUCACUGUUAAUUCAUUAAUUGAUCUCUUCUGUUAGAACGAGCGGUUUUAAUCACUCGCAGCACUUUAAGCGCUUGUGUUUGAUAUAUUAUUUUGAUAGGAUCCAUACACAGAUAAGCUUACAUUAUGGCCCGACCAGCCUGUAGCAUUGCUUUUAACCCUGGGUUAUGAAGCUACUAACCUAGAGAGAAAGUUAUUAAACCUUGGGUUACGCAACCUGCAGUGUGAAAUGCCUGUAUGUGUAUAAUAUGAUUAUUAUUAUCAUCAUAUAAACCUGUAGUGAUGUAACUGAAGUAUCAUCAAGCUUCACGACAACUGGAGUUAUUUAUUUUCCCCUAAAAGGUGUUUAUUAAAUUAGAAAUAAAGAUUUAUGAUGAUGA